UUUUUAAAUAUUUUUCGUAGUUACCAGAAAAUUUGAAAAAUUACCAAAAGAGUCUCUAAUUCAAAUGACCAAACUGUAGUAGUCCUGCUUAUCUGCAAUCCUAUUCCUCCUGAAACCCUGUACGCCAUAUAAAUACAUCAUGAUGGACACCAACGACUCUGCUGAAGAACUGAGUAAAAAGUCCUAUGAGGUCGUAGUACAUCUGAAUGCUAAAGCACUCUCCGAUGGAAACAGCUCUAACUCUGAUAUAUCCGACGAUGAUGAUGAAGGUCGUCCCGUGUGCAAUACUUGGAAAGGAAAGAACCACGAGUUGCAUGUGAUUGGAAAUUUCGAAUCUGAUUUCAUACGACGACUGAAACUUUAUCAGAUUCCACCCACAGUGCCACUUACUUUGGACCCAUUUUGUCGUGUAGAAAGCAACUAUCCAAGUGGGGAACCUCUGAUUGAAGACGCCUUCCUUCUCUGGGAACACCCCCAAUUUUCGGAAACCUUGUUCCGCAACCAUAACUUGGAAUUGAAGCAGAAGGAACCCAGUGAAAUGCCAUCACAAGACGAAUGUGACGAUGCAGAAAAUUCUGACCCUACUGAAGAUUACUUUGAAGACUCCUGUUCCGAAACUGAACCAGAGAUCGGAGAGUACAUCCAGUCUCAACGACGGAAAAAGGAGGCUGGGGAAAAUGUGACCGGAGAAAGCCUAAUAUUCGACGAGGAUUAUGAUAUUGUCAGAAACUUGCAUGCUGCCUCUUUCAGUCUCACGAGCUAUGGCGGAGUUCCGGAUGAAAGGAUGCUUGGAAAAACAAAGUUCUUGUUUGGCACGUUAACAGAGGAGGAAAAAUGCAUAUUUCAUUCUCUAGUGCUUCGAGUUGCAGAGGAUAUGAAGCCACAAAUCGGUUUCACUAAGGCACAAGAAGAGAAAAAAGUUGAAACAGGGUCGGGAGAUUUUGAUGUGAUGCGAAAAAUGUAAAUGAUGUACUAAUGCAUUAGAUUUCGAUACAUAUUAUCCAGAAGCUCAAAAAUUGACAAGUUAAUGAAAAAUGAUUGAAUAAAGAGAACUAUGUACUUGAAAGCAGGUAAAAUACUGCUGAUUUAAAAAUUUUGUUAUGUCACAUGAUUGAAGUGUCCAUCACAGUACUCUCGCAUCAAGAUCAAGAUUUUUUUUUCAAUGGAUUAUUUUAUUUUCGUCCCUUCAAGUCGUGUGGCAGGCGCA